UCGUUUCAUUAUCAAUUGCAAGGUUUUGACAAUUAGAUUCAAGUUCUAGACUGACGAAGCUGUAAAAAUAUACAUGGGGAGUAAUUCACAAUGUCCAAAGAAAAAUCAUUGCUAUUGAGAGUACAGUCCGCAGAAGGUACUAAGAGAAUUGAGUUGACUCCUUCAACAUCCACUUGUCAAUUAUUUGAAACCAUUCAUAAUGCUUUUGAUUUAAACAGCUUUGCAUUUGCACUGUACAGAGAAAAAAAUAAGCAAAAUGAGAUAUGUAGCAGCAAAACAAAAACUUUAGGAACUCUUGGACUUCGACAUGGAGAUAUGAUAUAUCUAGUACCUGUCAAUGGUGCUGUAUUAUUUUCUAAUAAUACUCCUUCCGGAGAACCUAUAGAUGAUCCACUACCUUCUACAAGUUCUGUUUCAUCGAAUGCUAGACCUAGCACUAGUACUAGUAGGUCCAGUACAAGCAUCAAAGAGGACAUUGUAGACUUACAACUCAUGAAAUUAGAUGGAAAAAUCCAAAGGAAAAGAGAUGAAAAAUUGUGCCGUCACAAUGCUAACUCGCGCUGUGUUCAUUGCUCACCUCUGGAACCUUACGAUGAAACAUACUUAAGGGAACAAAAUAUAAAACACCUUUCUUUUCAUGCUUUCCUGCGUAAAAUGACAUCUGGUGUUGAUCGUGGCAAGUUCUUAGCACUUGAAGAUAUUUCAUGUCGUAUUAGAAACGGUUGCAAAGAUCAUCCACCAUGGCCAAAGGGAAUUUGUUCAAAGUGUCAACCGAAUGCUAUUACAUUAAAUAUGCAGGCUUAUCGACAUGUGGAUAAUGUUGCCUUUGAAAAUACGAACUUAGUUGAAAGAUUUCUCAACUAUUGGCGAGUUACUGGUCAUCAGAGAAUUGGUUUUCUUUAUGGCAGCUAUGAAAUACAUGCAGAUGUUCCCUUGGGUUAG